AUAGAAGGGAAGCGAAGAGUGCCGGGGAAGGAGGAGAGUGGACAGUGGAGAAGUGGAGGUGAUGAAGAGGAAAACCCUAAAGAGGAGCAGAAAGGAUAGGGAUCGAAUGGAGGGUGCUACUCUAGCAAUGCAUUUGCCGAUGCCGUUGCUUCCACACAACCAAAACACUUCAUCUUCAUCCAACCUCUCUCGCUUCCAUCUCCGGACAGUCACCGAAUCUGAGCAGCUCGAAGAAGUAAAGGAGCAGCAGCAGCAGCACUCUUCGUUUCCCCCGGAUGAAAACGUCGACUCCGACCUUAACAUCGAUGAAACUGAAAAAGACUUCAUUCUCAGCCAGGAUUUCUUCUGCACCCCUGAUUACAUAACCCCAGAUGGGCAACAAAUCUCCAAUAUUUUGGACGUUAACAAGGAAAACAUCCCCUGCCCCAAAUCACCGGAGAAGUUAAAAACAGUAAAGAGCAAAAAGCAGAGGAUGGAGGGCUUCUAUGUCAACCAAAUCAAUUCCGACUUGCCUUGUCAUCCACAAGUCACAGACAUUGCAUCAGAUGCUAUUUGCUCAGACGAACUCAAGACUGAAAAACCAUUUACAGCUCCACCAGAGAAGAAAGAUAAUUAUGUUCCACAAUCUGCAGUGGCUCUACGUUGUCGAGUCAUGCCUCCGCCUUGCAUCAGGAAUCCAUAUUUAAUGGGAGCUUGUGAAACGGAUCUAGAUCCCCUUGGAAGCCGGAGAUCAAAAUCAACAGGUUUUUUCCCUGUGGCUUUUGGUAAAGAUGGGCUUUCUCGCUAUCGUACAGAUUUCCAUGAAAUUGAGCAAAUUGGCUAUGGAAACUUCAGUCGUGUUUUCAAGGUACUGAAGAGAAUUGAUGGUUGCAUGUAUGCAGUAAAACAUAGCAUAAGGCAAUUGCACCAGGAUACAGAAAGGAGGCAAGCGUUAAUGGAAGUUCAAGCUCUUGCAGCUUUAGGAUCUCAUGAAAACAUUGUUGGGUAUUACAAUUCUUGGUUUGAGAAUGAGCAACUCUACAUCCAGAUGGAGCUUUGUGACCGCAGCCUAUCCAUCUGUGAAUCCUAUUCACUAUUCACAGAGGGAGAUGUCUUGGUAGCAAUGCAUCAGAUUGCCAAGGCACUGCAGUUCAUACAUGAACGAGGAAUAGCUCAUUUAGAUGUAAAACCUGAUAAUAUUUAUGUCAAGAAUGGUGUUUACAAGCUUGGUGAUUUUGGUUGUGCAACUCUCAUUGAUGGGAGCCUUCCAAUUGAAGAAGGUGAUGCACGUUACAUGCCCACAGAGAUCCUGAAUGACAAGUAUGAACAUCUUGAUAAGGUUGAUAUCUUCUCCUUGGGAGCUGCCUUUUAUGAGCUUGUCAAAGGAUCUCCGUUGCCAGGAUCAGGGCCUCAGUUUUUAAAUCUUCGGGAGGGAAAAUUCCCUCUUCUUCCAGGUCACUCUCUUCAAUUUCAGAACUUACUCAAGGUUAUGGUGGACCCAGACCCAGUACGACGUCCUUCAGCUAAAGAACUAGUGGAAAAUCCUAUCUUUGACAAGGCACUCUGCAUGGCAAGAGGCAAUUAAUUCCAUUUACUUGAUCUCAGCAUUUUGACAAGGGUUUUGGGACCUUGGUUAAGGAGGAUGUAUAUGUGGACAGCUUUGGCCGAUCAAGGACUGGUGAAAGGAUAAAAGAGAAGAAAAAUGAUAAUGAAUGGCCAUUUUUGUAAUAGCAGCUGUGCCACCAAUGCUUGCACCUACUUUACCCUCCUCAUGUGGUGCAAGUUCCUUUUUUUCUUUUUGGGUGUAUAGAGGAACAGAAGAAACCAUGGUGGACUAUUUUGUAUUUUGUUAUGAAAAUGGUAAUUAAUGAAAGUGUUGAUGCAA